UCGUAUUCUGACGAUCGUUGGCGGGCUACCAAAAAGUGCGCGCUCAUUUCGAUUAUCGUUGAAGCUUUUUUCUCAUUAGAAACUAAAGCAAUUAAUAUUUUAUUAAAUUCCAAUUUAUUUUGUUCUAUUUUAUUUUUAUAAUAACUAUUUGCUUUGUGUGGGUUAUAGUUGUCGACUGUCAUACGUUUUGUUGGUUAGGGGAUCGCUAAAUAGUAUUUAAUAUCUCGCGCGAUUGUUCUUAUUUAUAAGGUCAUUUAACCUCGCAUCAACAUGGCUGCCUCUGUACUCUUUGCUUGCGGUUUGAAUGAGCAAAAACUGCCAAACUUUGUGCACAUCAGUGAGGAAUCGAAUGUUGAUGGCAGUUUCCUAAUCAGCUGCAUACUUGGCCAGCGGCUUCGCAUCUCCAAUGCCGGCACAGUGCUCGUCUGCCUGCAGCAUAACUAUCAACACUACUUCCAUGCCGGCAUGCGGCUCGGCUACAAUGUAAAUCUAUUUCUCGGCAAAACGCUAAAUGUUAUAGAUCCUCUAACUGAAAUUGGGCGCGAGGGAAUCAAUUGCAAGUGGCUGCAGAAUGAACGUAACGUCACUACACUUCUACUCGACGCUGUACGUGCGCACAUCAACGCCAGCGUAACGCAACGCAACAGCACCACCAUAAUAAUUGAUAAUUUGGCGAUUUUGUUCAACUUGGGCGCAACCAAGCAGGAAGUACUCCAGCUAUGCCAUGAAUUAGCCGAAUUGCCGAAGCAGUAUGCGAAUUUGGGUGUCAUCACGAAGAUGAGUAAUUGUGACUUGUACGAGCCGGUCGAUAACAAUGUGGCCAAGCUGGGCACGCUGCGUAUACGUGCAGCUCAGCUGAAGAGUGGCGUGUCGCGCGAUGUUGAUGGCAAAUUGCUGAUCGAGCGGGAGGUGAUUGAGCGCGGUGAGCAGGAAAAAGGAGGAGAAUUGGAGCAAGUGCUGGAGAAUGGCGGUUACGAUUUGGAGAUAGUACGCAAGGAAGUUUUGUACAAAGUCAACGACAGGAAUGUAAAGAUCAUGAGUCCUGGUGAAAUUGGUGUGCGAGUGUGAAGAAUCGAACGUCUCACAAGUGUGCCGUAUAUGUACAUAUGAAAUAUCAAAAAAAAAAAGCCAAUCACUGCACUUUGUUAACUAAAAUAAACUUUAAUUUCAUACUUAAAAUAGAGUUUGAUGGCCAUAAAAAGAUUCUGCGUCUUAAGGCUGUUUUCAGUCCUCUAAAAUAAUCAAAAGAAAUAUCUUUCAUUAUUUUUAUUAAAUAAAUUAAAUAAAUAUCUUUCCUUUG